CCCGUUUGAUUUAAUUCAUUAUUUCAUAAAUAAAUUGUUUUUUUGGGAUUAUUAAGUGUUUUUACCAAAAGCAAAAUGAAGAAGGUUUCAAAAGAUCUGGCUCCAAUAGCCAUUCCUCACGGUCCACCUGUGGAGUCCACAUCAGAGUAUUACAAAUCUUUGAUGGAAAGUUCGCGAAUGGUGAAAAAAUAUCCAGUAUGGGACGUAGCACGACCUACACCGCAAGUGCUGAUGGAACAGGCUCGCAGAGACUUGAUGCAGGCUGAUGAAAAGCUCGCUCUAAAGAGGCAAGAGGAGAGCGUCAACAGGACUUUGAUGGACAGUAAAUGGCAGGAAUUGCGUGAAAAGGAGAUGCUGCUUAAGGAGUCAUUUAUUAGCUUUAACAAGUUUAUCAGAGAAAAUCAAGAGAAACGCGAUAGGGCAGAGCGGAAGAUGGAAGCUGACACGGAAGUGCUGGAGAGAAAGACGCGUGAAACAGAGGCCAUGAGACAGAGAGUUGUAGAAAUGGAGGAAGUCAAGGAGCUCAUGGAGAAACAAGUCCGAGAUUACACAAUUUAUGAGGACUACCUUAUGUCUGUGGUGCACAGCUAUCCUGAGUUCAAGCAACCGCUAGACGUGCUCAACCGAUACGAAGCCUUAGCUGCUGCAAAAGGCACAUUAGCAGAGCGUCAAGAACGGGAUUUGGAAAUGUUGGAAAAUGCACGCCAAGAGAUCGCAGCACUCACUGAAGAGAAGAAACUCUUCAUCAUGGGUCUUAACAAUACUCUCGCUGACCUUAGAUGGCGUUACGAUAAAGUUCGCAAUCGCGUGAUUAAAUGGGAACUUGCGUUAAAUCGCCUCAAAGAAACUGCAGCAAAACGGCAUGUAGAGUUGUGCCACGUUAGGUCAGCUAUAUGGAGUUUGUACGUGAAGAUUUGCAAGCAAAAGGGCCUGGCGAUCGAUGUGAAGACGUCGGAUUUUGAGCAACAGCUAGUGGUUAUUAUGAGGGCGUUGUUGGAACUGAAACGCAUUUAUAGAAUCGCACAACGGAGGUCUAAGGAGAAAGAUGCGGAAUCAAUGCAGACUUCCUGAAAGAUUAAGGAACACAAUAUUAUCUCUGUCACUAUCGGAUUUACCUUCAAUGAAGGGUUGUUGCUUUAAUGUAGUAAUUUUUAUUAAAAUUGCACUGUAUCUUUUGAAUAAAGCAUAUCACAAUAA